AUGGGCGUCUACACUCCGGCUAAUAAGCUUGAAAACUUGAAGUUGUACAAGUACUCAUCGGAAGAUCACUCGUAUGUCUCCAAGUACAUCCUCAAGAGGUACUGGAACUGGUUCACCACGUUGUUCCCGUUGAGCAUGGCUCCCAACUUGAUCACGUUGUUGGGGUUGGUGUUUAUUAUCGUCAGUGUGCUUUUGGUGUUGUACUAUGAUCCGUACUUGGACACUCCUUCGCCUAGCUGGGUGUACUUUGUUCAUGCUUUCAACUUGUUCAUGUACCAGACGUUUGAUGGGUGUGAUGGAUGCCAUGCUAGAAGAACCGGCCAGUCGGGUCCUUUGGGUGAGUUGUUUGACCACUCAAUUGAUGCUAUCAAUACGACUUUGCUUAUUGUGGUGUCGUCUUCUGUCUUCCAGUUUGGCCUCGGCCUCAAGACGCUAUUUGCACAGUUUUCCGUGCUUGCCAACUUUUACACUUCCACUUGGGAAACUUACCAUACCCAUACGUUGUUCUUGUCGUGCUUCAGUGGUCCUGUUGAGGGCAUGAUCCUUUUGGUGUUCUGCUACGCUCUCAGUGGCUUUAUUGGUCCAGAUAUUUGGCUGGCUCAUUUGUUUGAUUUAGACUUGUCUUCAUUGGGUUUCGGCUUGAGCACCUAUGCUAUUGACGUUUCCCACUUGAUUAUUGGUUUCGGUUUCAUUGGUAUCUACUUUAACGUCGCUGCUGCCACCGCCAACGUCGCUAAGAAGUACUUCACCAAUGUUAGAUUGUCUAGAGAAACUGCCGAGCAGGAGGUUGCCAACGCUAAGGAGGGAUUGCUUCCUUUCGCUGCAUACUACGUCUUUUUGAGUUUCUUCCUUUGGAGCUUCCCUGACGUUGCCUCUACUUACUGCUACCCCUUGAUUUUCUCCACCGGCAGUACUAUGGCCUUCUGCGUGGGACGUAUCAUCUUGGCUCACUUGACUUUGCAAGAUUUCCCCUUCUUCCAAGUGCCCACCCUCGUCCCAAUCUUGCAGACCUUCUUGGCCCAUUACUUUAUUACAUUAAACGGUUACAGACCAUCUGUGGUGCUUCCAGCUGUGGUCUGGGGUGGUACCGGUUUGACCGUCGGUAUCCACACCAUGUUCAUUUCCGAGAUCAUUGUGGAAAUCACCCAGUUCCUAGACAUUUACGCUUUGACCAUCAAGCAUAAGAAAAUCUAA